AUGCGCUCGCUGGACGACUUCCACGUGCAGGUACAGCAGCAGCAGCAGGCCGCGGCGCGCCGACGGAAGUCGCGCGCCACGUCCGGGAGCUCGUCGCCCGCCAAGUCGCCGCUGGCUGCGCGGCGGCGGCUGCGCUCCAAGGAGCAGGAGGACGUGGGCGCGCCCGCCGUGUGGAUCGCGCCCGACUGGGCCACGCACCCGGUCAUCGAGAGCUUCUACGGCCACGCGCGGCGCGCGCGCGCCAGCUCCUUCUACGAGGUCAUGUGCUCGCCCAUGAACGCCACGGCCACAACGACGCUGGGCGAGAGCUGCUGCGGUUACGCGGACGCCAAGACGACAAGUGACGACGAAGACGAGGGGAGACAACUCGCUGCAGCCACCAGUCGGACGCGCCGUCCGUUCGGCUCCUUCGCCUAUUCCUGCACAACGGACACGAGCGAGGAGGUCCCCGGCGAGGGCCUCGGGCUGGGUGGCGAGAGCCCGCUGUACGACCGCCACGCGACGAUGGGGGUCAGCAGCGCCAGCACCGACAAUACCAGCAGCAGUAGCAACGCGUGCGCCUCCGGCUACGCCCAGUGGAACAGGAUGCGGCGGACAAUGAGUAUCGGUGGAGGGCUGGUACCAGUCCCGCUGGACCACCACUUUGCAAAUGAUAGGGCGGGAGCUAGCUCCAUGCUGGAGAACCCGCAGGGCGGAGGAGAUCUAGGGCUUAGCCCCGCGGCGUCGUCCUCUGAUCUCGACAGCUUGGACCGCCCACACUCCCCGCCGACGACGAGCAGGCUGCGCGCGAAACUACAGGAGAGCUUGCGGGACAUGGACGAUCGCAUCGCGGAGGAGCACAAGAGGUUGAACCAAGCACGACGCGUGACCAAGAAGGCACCAGUGAAGGAACCUGCUGGCUCAGCCAAUGCCAUGUGGAGCUUGCUUUGUGGAGCACGGACGGGGGAAGCGUCGCAGGCUGAUGGAUUGACUUUCUUGACGGAUAAACUGGGCGUGGCUGUCUCGCACCGCGCGUUGAACCAGUUGAAGCGCCACCGCCGUCACGUGCGUGGCAUCUUGCAAAUCGUGACUGCACACAACCCCGACUUGGAGUUGACCGAGCGGCAGCUCGACUCGUUCGAAGCGGCCGAGGCCAUGCUGGCGAACGAUAUCAAGUACUGCGUGCUAAACCAGCAGCACAAGUUGCUAUCAACCAGCGUGACGCAGCGGAGACGCGCGCUUGCUCAGGCGAAACUUCACAACGGAAAUGACUGUUUCGAGAAGCCUCAUGUGAAGAGUGUAAUGUUGUCCAAGCUGCUGGAGGCUGUGAGCUGGUAUAGAUUGGUACAGCGUAAUGCCCGCGAGGAGUCAGCGUCAAGCUCUGUUGGCGCCGUGUCGGCUCCAGCAUCCACAGCGUCGUCUGCCCCCAGCUCAGGAGGCCUUCAGGAACUUCAGGUGGAAAAGAUUCUGGAUGUCCUUGCAGGUGAGGAGUUCUACUCGGACUUCAACGAGCUGAUGUGUCAGCCAGACUGGUGGGAGAUUGCCCAGGCCCACUUUGAAAACCUCAUCUUCUCGUCCAAGAACUCGCGCAUUUGCCAGUGGGUAUUACAGCUUUCGAAAGAUGUUGCGGCUGUGAGCUACGAAGAAUUGGAGGAGAACGAGAGUGGUGGAUUACGCUCACGAACAGGCUCACAGGCAGGUGUCAAUGGGAACCAGAACCAUGCGUCAUGGACGCAGGAUCCGCCACCUGAGCAGAUCCUCGACUUUCUUGAGCGGUUGACCAUGCGAGUGCGCCGUGAGUUUGAUGUACCGUCGGACGUCAGCAAGAGUCUGCACGGGUUCAUUCAGCGCACCGUAUUCCCGCGCAUUGCUGUUCUUUGCUUUAACCAGCGAGCGACUCGUGACUGCCAAAGGAAAGAUAAACUAUGGCGAAAGAAGUGCGCGGAGUUGGGUGGCCUACCCAUGGAAAACCUAGGCGUAUCACCCGAUCUUGUGGCCAAGAUCCGCUCCAAGUUGCCCAGUUAUUGUAUUCGGUCGCAUGGCAAUGGCGGCAACAGUCCAAGCCAACGGCGAGUUUUCCUCGUUCGCGCCAUCGAGGCGUUCAACAGCAUGGAAAGUGUUGUACCGUGUGACCUGCUGGACGAGCUCAUGCAUGGCGUCGUGAUUCUUCACCACGAGGCGGCGCUUGUGCUAGGCACCACCCAGUUCUCGGUGGAGACGUUCUUCCCGUUGCUGGCGUAUGUCUUGGUGCACUGCCGCCUGCCUACCAUCCACGCACAACUUCAUCUCCUGGAGAAUUUCGCCAUCACUGCCGACAACGCGAACGGCGAGGAGUCGUACUACGUUUACUGCGUGCAUGCAGCGGUCGAGUACGUCUGCAACACGGCUGGGCUUGGGACGACUCCCAAUCCCGCAGGUCCAAUGAGUACAGCUUCCAGCACAGUAUCAACACCAGGUGGCUCCGGCCUCACCUCCGUCAUGCCCAUGGGCAGCGUCUCGCCGCCUAAGAACCACACCGCGUUCUCGUUGGAAGCCGAACUGGAGGCGGAACUGGAAGUGAAAGUGGCUGGCCAGCCCAGCAAUUACAGGAACCGCGGUGUGGAGCAGCCCGAAGAUACUGGAACGCCUGCAAGCAACUGA